AUGGAAAAAUUGACUACAGAGGUCCCAACCUGGGGGUUUGAACCAUAUCUACCCCAUCGAACCUUCUGUGAGACACAAAACCUUGAUAACGAUAAGCGUUUCGUUGACGUCGCGAUGGUUCAGGCCACUAGCCAUGCCAGUGCUGCAGGCCACACAGACGACCAAAACUUUAUCAUCCAAAUGGAAGAUACGAUCGGAGAGGAUAAAAUUUGGGGUUUUGACCCAGAUCUAUCUUGCCUUUCCUUUUGUGCCACACAAAGUGAUGAUAACGAUUCGCAUCGCGCGAACGUCCCGAAGGUGCCUAGCAACGCUAGUGCACAGCCAUUCGAACCUGAGACAAACAUCGUUGAGACUCGAAGAGCUUCCCCUUUCCCCCCACGAACGUACAACUAG